AUGGGUGGUAACUUAAACAAGAACAAGUCCCCAGGAUGCGAAAAUUGGAAGGGUGAACAAAAAGUCUGGAGAAGACUUCACAGAUAUGUCUUUACUGACUAUAUGGAAAAGCUUCACGGCAGCAGAAAUUAUGUUUCUCAUGGUUUUGCUAGAGGUUGGAGUAACAACAGAGUUACCCUAUUUGAGGAGAUAUGGCAAAUUGACGAGAACUUGGUCGCCGAGGUCAUGGGUCUGCAGACGGAGGGCACCAAAUUUUACAGAGAUCGGAAGCUCACUGCAGUGGCCGCAGGGGCUGCGGUGGCCGCAAUGGCGUUGCGGAACCUGCAUCCCCCGCCAGUGGCGCUGCCCGCGUGGGUUUCCCUAUGGCUAGGGUUUGGGUCGCCCAAUCCUCCGCAUUGGGAGAUAAUGGCAACAGAAGAAGACUUCUCCUUCGCCUUCGACAAUAUGGCCUUUUCUGACCGUUUACUGCGAAUAGAGAUCAUGUCUGACGUUAUUUAUGAUAGACAAUACUUUUCACCCAAUUCAAUACCUGCUCUAUUCAAAGACCCUUUCCAGACAUCUUCAGAUGAAACUGACGCGAAUGGAAAUAAUUUUACUACCAAGAUGGAUUGCUUUUCCUCAGCCAAAGUCAUUAAUGUGCAUGUCAGCUCAGCAAUAUUAGCUGCAAAAAGCCCAUAUUUCUACAAUCUUUUUUCAAAUGGUACAGUUGGAUCGAAGCAAACAGUUAUCACUCUUCAUUUGAGUAGUGCAGAAGGAGAGGCCUUCAUGGAUCUACUAAACUUUAUGUACUGUGGAAAACUCAAAACUGAGACAACAAUUGCAUUGUUGGAUGUGUUGAUGGUUGCCAACAAAUUUGAGGUUGCAUCAUGUGUUCAUUACUGCAUCGAUGCCUUGAGCCCGCCAAUAACAGUAGAAAAUGCAUUACUUUUUCUGGGCCUCCCUUCCAACAUUCGUAUGGUUGAUGCAGUUCAACCAUUGAUAAUUACUGCAAAAAGAUUUCUUGUCAAGAACUUUAUGAUGAUGCAAGGCUUUGAGGGAGAAAUAUCUUUGCCCAUCCUUCAAGAAAUUUUGUCUAGUGAUGAACUGCAAGUUAGAUCAGAAGAUAUCCUUUAUGAUUUUGUUAUGGAGUGGACUAGAAAGAAUUAUUCAGAUGAUGUUGAAAGGAGAGAAGUGUUGAACAAGAAGCUAAUAUUCUUGUUACGUUUGCCCUACCUGUCUGAAGAGAAGCUGAAAGAAAUCUUUUCAAGUAAAGAUAUUGAUUGUGUGGGUACAUUGAAACUAAUUUUGGAGGCACUUCUUUACAAAGAAGAAGCUCCAUAUAGAAGGAAGAGUCACAGCUCACAAGAAUUUCACCAUGAGAUGUUUUGUGAACGAUCUUACAUUAAUAAACCUAUCAGAAUUGUGAAGAUUAAUACACCUCGCAAGGAGUGCAUGAUAUUCUGGAAUAUCAAAAGAGAUGAAUGCUUAAAACUACGUGAUAAACCUGAUUCUUUAGUAUCUCAACUUAUCUACUUUGGAGACAAAUUAUUUCUUCUUAAAGCUUUUACUCCAAUGAAUAAGGUAGGUUUGCCUAUCUCCUUUGGACUAUGCGUUCAAAUGGCAAGCAACGCUGAGAUUACUAUGGAGUAUAUAUUUUCUUGUCGUUUAAAUCCUUCAUGUAACUUUGUCAUGAGGUCCCGUGCCACUGAGAAUUUGCGUUAUAAAAAGAUGGUUGGUCCUCCAGACCUCCUCGGUAUGAAUUGGUCAGAAUUCGUAUCUGACAAAAAUUCAUACUUUAUAGACAAUGUUCUCUACUUGCGUAUUUUGCUUAUUCUGAGGACGUAG